AUGGGUUCUGCUCUCGAUAUUGCGCUCCCGGCGCUCAAAACAAAACCCAAGUUCAUUUUCUUUACCGACUUCGACGGUACUAUCACCCAGCAAGACAGCAAUGACUGGAUGACGGAUAACCUUGGCUUUGGUGCUGAGCUCCGCAAGAAGGGCAACGAGGAUGUUCUCUUUGGCCGCCGGGAUUUCAGGGACUCUUUUGCCGACAUGCUGGACAGCAUCAAGACACCAUUCAACGAGUGCAUUGAGCUCCUCCUCAAGAACAUCACCCUGGACCCAGGAUUCAAGCAGUUCUUUGAGUGGGCCAAGGAGAACAAUGUGCCCAUCGUGAUCCUGAGCGGCGGUAUGGAGCCCGUUAUCAGAGCGUUGCUGGCCCACAUGCUGGGCAAGGAGGAAGCCGAGACUUUGCAAAUCGUCAGCAAUGAUGUUGCCCCCCGGCCAGGAAAGAGCGUCAACGAGGCCGGCGGCUGGCACAUCGUUUACCACGAUGAUAGUGGGUUCGGACAUGACAAGUCCCUCGAAAUUCGGCCCUAUGCCAGGCUCCCUGGUGAAGAGAGGCCGGUGCUCUUUUAUGCCGGCGACGGCGUGUCGGAUCUCUCCGCAGCCAAGGAGACGGAUCUCCUGUUUGCCAAGUCUGGAAGAGAUCUCGUAUCGUAUUGUGAGAGGGAGAACGUCCCCUUCACAACCUUCCAGGAUUUCACCGAAAUCCUGGCCACUGUCAAGGACAUUGUGGCUGGCAAGACCACCGUCAAGGAGGCUGCAACGGGCAGAAAAUAG